CCCACAAACAUACACUUUCCCACUGUGGUUGGGCUACGUUUGAGAGUUAUACUAAUAAGCACAUAAUAGGACCCUUUUUCAAAACAAAAGUCAAGAGAGAGCAAUUACCCUUAAAUUUCCAAUGCACCUAUAGGCCUCACAAGUAUCAUCAUCUUCUCCGCUUACCAACUAAAGGGCAAGUCCUAGGAAUUCUCAUUCCUCUCUAAGUCUCACCAGCCCAAGGAAAGAAAUGGCAGGGAAGGGUUCUAAUCUUACACUCUCCCUUGCAAAGGCUUUGAUAGCUCACAUGAGAUUCUCCGACGUAGCUAUGGCUCUGUUGAGUCUCUUCCUCUUCAGUGCUUUGGUUCAGAGACUCACCAACAAGGGUCCUAUGCUAUGGCCUGUGAUGGGUAUUGUUCCCACCCUCUUCUACCACUUCCAUCACCUCUACGAUUGGGCUACCGAGUGUCUGAUCAAGUCCGGAGGGACCUUCCAUUACAGAGGAAUAUGGAUGGGUGGUGCACAUGGGAUCGUCACCGUUGAUCCUACCAACAUCGAGUACAUGCUCAAGACCCGAUUCAUCAACUUCCCUAAAGGUCAGUACUACCGUGAAAGGUUCUCCGAUCUCCUCCGCGAUGGCAUCUUCAAUGCAGAUGACGACACGUGGAAGGAACAGAGAAGGGCGGCCACCUCUGAGAUGCACUCUACUCGCUUCGUUGAGUACUCUCUUCAAACGGCUCAGGAUUUGGUUCACCAGAAGCUGCUUAAACUGAUAGACCAACUCGUGGCAUCAAGCGAGGCCGUGGAUCUCCAAGAGGUUCUUCUCCGGUUUACAUUUGAUAACAUUUGUACGGUCGCAUUCGGGAUUGACCCGGGUUGUUUGGCGGUUCAUCUCCCCCUUGUUUCCUUUGCCAGAGCGUUUGAGGAGGCAACGGAGCUUACUCUUUUGAGGUUCACAGUACCACCAUUUGUGUGGAAAACAAUGAGGCUUUUCCGGGUUGGACCGGAGAGACGGCUUGAAAAAGCGGUUCGAACUGUCCGUGAGUUUGCGGCCAAGACGGUUACGGAUCGGAGGAUGGAAUGCCGGUUCACUGAUGGGUCUGAUCUCUUGUCGAGGCUGAUAAAGGUUGAGAAAUUCUCAGACGAGUUUCUUGAAGAUUUCUGUAUUAGUUUCAUCCUUGCCGGUCGAGACACUAGCUCGGUAGCAUUGGCCUGGUUCUUCUGGCUCAUCCAUAACCACCCACGUGUAGAAAAUCGAAUUCUCGGCGAGAUCAAGAGUAUCGUAGGAGAAGAAGAAAGGGUGUUCACGAUGGAGGAAUUAAAGAAGAUGGUAUAUCUACAAGCGGCGCUUUCGGAGUCACUGCGUCUGUACCCAGCGGUGCCGAUAGAUUUCAAGGAGGUUAGAGAAGACGAUGUCUUCCCGGACGGGACCGUGGUGAGGAAAGGGGCGAGGGUGUUGUACUGUAUCUUCUCCAUGGCACGUAUGGAGAGUAUAUGGGGUAAGGAUUGUAAGGAAUUCAAACCAGAGAGAUGGAUUAAUGGAGAUGGAGAAUUAGUGAUGGAGAACCAGUUCAAGUACCCAGUGUUCAAUGCUGGACCAAGAUUGUGCAUUGGGAAGAAGUUCGCGUAUAUGCAGAUGAAGAUGGUGGUAGCUUCUGUGUUGUUGAGGUACUCGGUUGAGGUGGUUCAGGGCCAAAAGGUGGCUCCAAAGAUUACUACCACUCUCUACAUGAGGAAUGGGAUGUGGGUUACUUUCAAGCCCAGGUCCAGGACCAGGACCAGGACCAGUUGAUGAUUUGAUUAUCUAGGAGGAAUAGAGAGGACUCCUAUAUCUCUGAGAAGACGUACGGGUUACGGCUUGCGGGUAUGCCUAUAUGGUGUUCCAGUAGUGCUGCAUUUAUGUCUUUUUCUCGUGGAAAUAAGGCUACUAGUAUUACAGUAGAUGGUGUUGUAUAAAACAAGGUAUGACUCUGUUUCUCCCAUGUCUCUGAUGGUUUCAUAUUCAUAUUUUGAACCAAGCUAAAGUAGAAGUCAGGAAAUAUGAAAUUUAGCUUUGUUUGCUUGGA